UGCCGCUGGGGGCCGGCGGCUUUGACAUCUCGUGCGUAAGUGGAUCCAAAGUCAAGACCAUUCCAAGCCGGACUCUCCGCUUAUCAGCCAUCGGCCAGUGACGACAAGCGGGCAGGUUAUCGGCGUACCCAGCUAACACUGUGCCCCCGUGAUUCAAUUCAAUCGAAAGUAUUAUACGUGGACGGACGGACCAGUGCUGAUUAUUCGAAUAGUGUCGAAUAUCUCGUGCUCACAGAAGGUUUCUUUGUUGCCGCCAAUCGGGACUGUCAUCAGUCAACAAUUGUGCCUCGCACCGAUCGCGUCCACAGCGCUAGACCCUGAAUUUAUUAUACAAUAAUAUAUACUUAUUUAGUUAGGCAGUAAAAUUGGUGAAAUGACCGCAAAAAUACUAGUAACGACCCUAACUCUGGCCCUACUGCAGUCGGGAAUCGUUGAGGGUCUAUCUUUGUCAUUUGGAAACGUAACCCUCUUUAAUGUUAUGUUCAAAUCGCCCAGUUUUCUGGGUCGCUCAGUGGCGGUGGACAGCAAUUUGCGGAUUGAAAACGAUGUGGAUCCCAAUAUACAGGAGGAUUCGCAUUUAAAUACCUACAGUCUUAUUCAAAAAUAUGGCUACCCGGCGGAGAAUCAUACCGUGGAGACGGACGACGGAUAUAUACUCACCCUGCACAGGAUCGCUCGUCCCGGAGCAACGCCAGUGCUAUUGGUUCAUGGCCUGCUGGACAGCUCAGCCACAUGGGUGAUGAUGGGACCCAACAAGGGACUUGGUUACCUGCUCUACGAUCAGGGGUACGACGUCUGGAUGGCCAAUGUUCGGGGCAACACGUACUCGAGGAAGCACGUGAAGUACAGCACCCACCACGCCAAGUUCUGGGACUUUACCUUCCACGAUAUGGGCAAGCACGAUAUCCCCAGCACGAUCGACUAUAUACUGAACGCCACGGGGGUCAGCCAGCUGCACUACAUCGGUCACUCCCAGGGAACAGUGGUCUUCUGGAUCAUGGGCAGUGAGCGGCCCGAGUACAUGGACAAGAUCGUCCUGAUGCAGGCCUUGGCCCCAGUGGCCUUCCUCAAGCACUGCCGGAGCCCCGUGGUCAACUUCCUGGCCGAGUUUCAUCUAUCGGUGAGCUUGGUUCUCAAGAUGAUUGGCGUGCACGAGUUUCUGCCCAAGAAUGAGUUCAUCAGCAUGUUCAAUCGGAUCAUUUGCGACGAGACAACCAUUACGAAGGAGAUAUGCUCGAACGUCAUCUUCCUGACCACCGGAUUUGACAGGUUGCAGCUGAACGAGACGAUGCUUCCGGUGAUCGUGGGCCAUUCUCCGGCCGGAGCCUCCACCAAGCAGAUGCAGCACUUUGGGCAGCUCAAGAGGUCGGGUGCCUUCCGGCAGUACGACUACGGAUGGCUGAGGAACCACUGGCGCUACGGCACCAUCGAUCCGCCAUCCUACCAUCUGAAGAAUGUGAGGGCCAAGGUGGCCCUGUAUUACGGCCAAAACGACUGGCUGGCUCCGCCGGAGGAUGUGGAAAUGCUGCACCGAGAACUGCCCAAUGUGGUGGAAAAAUAUCUGGUGGAGGACAAGGAGUUCAACCACUUGGAUUUCAUCUGGGGCAUCGAUGCCAGGGAAUUGCUGUGGGACCGAAUGCUGGAAAACAUGAGAAAUCAUGAGAAUUCUGUUAUUUAAUGGGGUAUAUAAUAUAGGUUAAUGGUUAUAAUUUAAUUAUUUACAGUAUGUUAUGCGUUAGUGAGGUUUAUUUUUAGGUAUUUAUUAUUUUGUAGAAGUAAAAGCAAAGAUAAAAUGAGGAAAUACAAUAAAAUCACAAGUUAUUACGUA